GUUAAUGAUAUGUGCUUUGCAUUUUAUUUUGAGUAAGCAUUCAAAUGUUUAAACAUUAAACAGUUUGCUUUGAGCUAAGAAUUUACAGAAGGCUAUAUUUAAUUGUCAGACCUUGAUAGAACAAUAAAAGAAUACUCGAACUAGUAAACUGUGUAUCUACUAUGAUUGCUCAGGAUGGUGGGAAAACAAGUGAGUCCAAUAUUGUGGAGUAUGCCCCUACCGCGUUGGAACAAACCCUGGAUACAGGAGAUAGGGAGGAAGGCUCUGGGGAUGGAGAUUAUGCCCGGGGUGUGUGGGGGAGGAAAUUGGAGUUCCUGCUGUCGGUGAUUGGAUAUUCCGUCGGCGUCGGCAACCUUUGGAGAUUCCCAUACUUGGUCAUGCAGAAUGGUGGAGGAGCAUUCCUUAUUCCAUUUUUCUUCUUCCUGGUCCUGUGUGGGGUGCCCUUGUUCUACCUUGAGCUGUGUCUGGGUCAGUUUUCCGGGAUUUCGUGUCUUUACGUAUGGAAGUUCUGCCCUCUCUUUAAAGGUAUCGGGUACAUGAUGUUGGUGCUGUCCUUCAUCUGGUGCUGGUACUACAUUAUGGUGCUCGUCUGGGUCCUCGUGUAUCUUGUCAACUCCUUCCUACCCCAGCUCCCUUGGAGUGCAUGCGGUCAAGCGUGGAAUACAGAUCAGUGUAUCGAGGGGCUCCGCUCCCUUGGCAACUGUUCCGAGGUGAACACUGUGUGUAAUGCCAGCAAGGCUGUGUACACGGCUGAUGACAUGGCUAGAACCGCUAGCAAGGAGUUUUGGCAUAACUAUGUCUUACACCGUUCCAAUGGCCUGGAAGAUAUGGGGUCUAUCCAGUGGCACCUGGUGGUAGCGCUGGUUGUGGCAUGGCUCAUUAUCUUCCUUUGCCUCAUGAAGGGCAUUAAAAGUUUGAGCAAGGUCGUCUAUGUGACAGCAUUACUGCCAUAUAUACUUCUCACUGCCUUCCUUAUUAAGGGGUUGACCCUGCCAGGGGCCAAGGAUGGAAUUAUUUACUACCUAAAACCGGACUUCAGCACUUUACUCGACUUUGGAGUGUGGGUAACGGCUGCUGUCCAGGUAUUCUACUCUCUGGGUCCGGCCUGGGGCGGCCUUAUUACGAUGGCCAGUUAUAACAAGUUCAACAACAACUGCCUCAAAGAUGCACUGAUAUGCGUAAUGGCGGAUGGUUUUACCAGCUUCUUCGGAGGGUUUGUUAUCUUCUCUGCGAUUGGCUUCAUCGCUAAAGAGGCAAACAUGGAUGUUAAGGAUGUAGCAACGUCAGGUCCUGGCCUGGCGUUGGUAAUAUACCCGGAGGCGUUAACCAAGCUGCCCCUGCCACAACUCUGGGCCGUGCUGUUCUUUGUAAUGCUUCUCUCCCUUUGUAUCGACAGUCAGUUUGGAGUGUUUGAGACGCUUUCUAGUGGGUUAAUGGACACAUUCCCGAGACUGAGAAAACACAAGGUGCUUGUGACUGCGUGUCUGAGUGUCGUAAUUAUGUUUCUGGACCUUCCAUAUACGACAGGUGCUGGUAUCUACCUGUACCAGCUAGUAGAUUGGUAUUUCUCUGCGUUCUGUGUCCUCAUCAUCUCUUUCCUGGAGUGCUUCCUUAUAGCAUGGGUCUAUGGAGCAGACCGGUUCUCUAACGAUGUCAAACUGAUGAUCGGACGUACACCGCCAAGGUUCAUUAGAUUCUGCUGGUGCUUCAUCACCCCCGUUAUACUGUUGACGAUAUUCCUGAUCAUGUGUUACCAAUAUGAGCCGCCAGCAUACGACAAUUACGAAUACCCAAUGUUUGCUAAGGUGUGCGGGAACAUUCUUGCCAUGGUGCCAGUCAUUCCUCUACCUGUGGUCAUGAUUUACCAGAUAUGGAGGACACCAGGGUCACUGUAUGAACGUAUUGUGUAUCUACUGAAGCCCUCGCCAGACUGGGGUCCCCAUAUUUUGGGGGUCAAGGCGGGAUACAUGGAGAUGCAAAACAAAGCCCGAGCCCGUGGUGUCCUCGAUGCCGUCAGAGAUAAACUGAUAGGGCCAUCGUACUACAGCUAGUCUUGAAUCAUA